AUGAACUGCCCUCUCGGGUUUGCCUCCCCCGAGCCGGCCAGGCUGCGGCUCCCAGAGGAAGGCUCAGGCUCCUGGGAAGAACCCCUCAUGGCUCCAGUGACCGCACUCCUGCCCCCCGUCCUGCACCCCCUCGAGGCCCCGGGACCGGACUCCGGCAAGCUCCUUCCCCCCUCCAUCCUUGGGGGCCUGGCCAAGCUCUGGUUCCCAUGGGGGGCGGGCGAGGGUGAGGGCUCUGCCGCUUCUCCAGGAGGUGCCCGCAGACGGCCUUAUAUGGCCAGGAGUCCUCAGCCCAGGAGGAAUCUGAUCCCCCGGGAAGGGCAGGGCCAGGGCUGCCGUGAGCCAAUGGCUGGGAGCGCCUCCAGCAGCCCCCAGACCCCAGCCUCCUGGACCCGCCACCUGCCAGCCCACAGGCCAGACCCCCAGGGAGGCCUGGGCCGAGGGCAGAGGGAGACCGGUGGUAAUGGCGCCCACCGCUGUGUUUGGCGGCAGCCAUUUUCCGGGCCGGCUGUGGAGACCGGGACUCUUGUCCCCCCCCUGCUGUCUGGACAUCGGGGAGCCCUGGCCCGGGCGCUGUCCGGGGGCUCAGGCCCACCUGCCCUGUGGCCCCCACUGAGAAACGGGGUCCCUUCUCUGCCCGCCUCCACCGAGAGGCCUCUGGGCCUGUCAGCUCAGGUGGCUUUUCGGAGGCGAGCAGCCCUGUGGCCCCUGUUGGGAAGCCAUCAGCCCUCAAGCCUGGAGCCGGCCCCUUCACCACGCCCCUGCCCCAUGCCCCUGCCCCAUGCCCCUGCACCAUGCCCCUGCCCCAUGCCCCUGCACCACACCCCUGCACCAUGGCCCCUGCACCACACCCCUGCACCAUGGUCCCUGCACCAUGGUCUCUGCACCACGCUCCUGCACCACACCCCUGCACCACGGUCCCUGCACCACAGCCCCUGCACCACGCCCCUGCACCAUGGGCCCUGCACCACACCCUGCACCACACCCCUGCACCAUGACCCCUACACCAUGGCCCCUGCACCACGCCCCUGCACCACACCCCUGCACCAUGGUCCCUGUACCACGCCCCUGCACCACACCCCUGCACCACGCCCUGCACCAUGGUCCCUGCACCACACCCCUGCACCAUGGUCCCUGCAACAUGCCCCUGCACCACACCCUGCACCACAUCCCUGCACCACGGUCCCUGCACCACACCCCUGCACCAUGGCCCCUGCACCACGCCCCUGCACCACACCCCUGCACCACGGUCCCUGCACCACAGCCCCUGCACCACGCCCCUGCACCAUGGCCCCUGCACCACACCCUGCACCACACCCCUGCACCAUGCCCCUGCACCAUGGCCCCUGCACCACACCCCUGCGCCACACCCCUGCACCACACCUUGCACCACACCCCUGCACCACACCCCUGCACCAUGGUUCCUGCACCACGCCCCUGCACCAUGACCCCUGCACCACGCCCCUGCACCACACCCUGUACCACACCUUGCACCACGCCCCUGCACCACACCCUGUACCACACCCCUGCACCAUGCCCCUGCACCACACCCCUGCACCACGCCCUGCUCCACACCCCUGCACCAUGGUCCCUGCAACACGCCCCUGCACCACACCCCUGCACCAUGGUCCCUGCACCACGCCCCUGCGCCACACCCCUGCACCAUGA